AUGGAGCUUCUCAGCCCCUCCAAGGUGAAGGAUCGCUCCCCGAACGUCACAGAGAAGGUCACCCAGUUCCUGCGCCAGGUCCUUUCACUGGAGUCUGACGUGCUGCCGGAACAUAAACUCCAAGUCCCAGAGACGACUCGGUGGAUCUUGCUCCACUACAGCCCCUUCAAGGCCUUCUGGGACUGGAUCAUUCUCCUGCUGGUCCUCUACACGGCGGUGUUCACGCCGUACUCUGCCACGUUCCUCUUGGACGAGCGCGGCGACGCGCGUCAGAGGAUCUGCGGCUACACGUGCGACCCGCUCAACGUGGCCGACCUGAUGGUGGACGUGCUGUUCAUCGUGGACAUCGUCAUCAAUCUGCGCACCACCUACGUGGACCGCAACGACGAGGUGGUGACGCAGCCCGGACGGAUCGCCAAGCACUACGUCCAAGGGUGGUUCCUGAUCGAUCUGUUUGCGGCCAUCCCCUUCGACCUUCUCAUUUUUCGGUCCGGCUCGGACGAGAUGGUGACCUUGACAAGUCUGCUGAAAACGGCUCGCUUGCUGCGCUUGGUCCGCGUGGCGAGGAAGCUGGACCGCUAUUCCGAGUACGGAGCCGCCGUUCUCUUCCUGCUCAUGUGCACUUUUGUGCUCAUCGCCCACUGGCUGGCCUGCAUCUGGUACGCCAUCGGCUUCGUGGAGCGGCCCUACACGGAGACGGGUUGGCUGGACAAUCUGGCCGAGCAACUCGGCAAGACGUACGACGACGACGACUCCGGCUCCGGCCCGUCUGUCAAAGACAAAUACGUGACGGCUCUGUACUUCACCUUGAGCAGUCUGACAAGCGUUGGCUUUGGGAAUGUCUCUCCCAACACCAACUCGGAGAAGAUCUUCUCCAUCUGUGUCAUGGUCAUUGGCUCUCUUAUGUACGCAAGCAUUUUCGGGAACGUGUCGGCCAUCAUCCAGCGGCUGUACUCCGGCACGACCCGCUACCACACUCAGAUGCUUCGUGUCAAAGAGUUCAUUCGCUUCCACCAAAUCCCGGUCAGCCUGCGUCAGCGACUGGAGGAAUACUUCCAACACGCGUGGUCCUACACAAACGGCAUCGACAUGAAUGCUGUCUUGAAGGGGUUCCCGGAGUCCUUGCAAGCGGACAUCUGUUUGCACUUGAACCGAUCUCUGCUGCAGACGUGCGAGGCUUUCCGCGGGGGCAGCCAGGCCUGCCUGCGGGCCUUGACCAUGAGGUUCAAGACGGUCCACGCGCCGCCCGGCGACGCGCUCAUCCACUGCGGCGACGUCCUGGACUCGCUCUUCUUCAUUUCGCGGGGUUCCAUCCGGGUCAUCAGGGAUGACGUGGUGGUUGCCAUACUAGAGAAGGAUGACAUCUUUGGUGAGCUGAUCCACCUUUAUGACGAGCCUGGCAAGUCCAGUUCGGACGUGCUGACAAUCACGUACUGCGACCUGCACCGCAUUCUGAGAGACGACCUGCUGGAGGUUCUCGAUAUGUACCCGGGCUUCGCAGACAACUUUUGGAGGAACCUGGACGUGACAUUCGACCUCAGAGAUGUAAGUUUGGAAAUCCGUGGCGGUUUUUGGAAGAACGACGACAACAAAUUUGUACCGUCGAUCAGGCGGAUCAAGCGGCGCCAAUAUUCACCGACGAGUCGGGGGAUGACAGCGAUUACCGUCACGGGUCAAGACACAAAAUCCACUCUCUGGACUGCAGAAUCAGACCGGGUGAGGCUUCUCGGUCGACUUCCUUUCACGCGAGCGUCAAGUCUUCAUAUUUCAUUGCCCUUCAACAGACGGAAUGGAUCAGGAGGAUUCUUAUCCUCUUCGGUCGCGCCGGCAUGGCUGCUCCCCGCCGCAAGCCCGCCGGGAAGACAGAUGGAGCUGCGGUUCCCCAUGUUCCCGGUCCGGUGAGGACUUGACAAAAAAUCUUGCUCAGGGCACCGAAGAAGGCAGGCUGGAGUUCGCCCCCUCGGAGGUGCGGCUGCCACCCCCGAGUGGCACUUUGGUGGGGAGGGAAGCAGUGUUGGACCACAGUCGUCAAGGUAUCACUGUACGCUUUUCUCCAAGCAAGUUUCAAUUUAGGUCCGGGACAAGUCCUGUGACUCAAGUGUCAGCCAAUAAGUGCCCCGAGAGGCCAAAAGCACCCCCAGUCAAGUGGAAGGACCACCACCCGUUGUUUGACUUCCGAUGUCCGCAGCCUCGUCUUUCAACGUGCCACAAAUGUUCCACUACUGGGCAGAUCGACGAUCUCAAGCGUUCUCCGGUCGAGCCUGGCGAUCGUCUUCGGUCCGCAACUCCCACCAUCCACCGCCCUUCAUUGAAGAGCGGCCCAGCGAGCUGGAGUCUCGACUGGAAGUUUUGCAUUCGCAGCUAAACAGAUUGGAGACCCGCAUGACGGCUGACAUCAACGUCAUCCUCCAGCUUCUCCAGCGGCAGAUGGCUCCGGUCCCUCCGGCUUACAGCGCCGUGUCGUCUCGGACGCUUCCGACCGACUCGACGGGCCUGUAUGGCGGCGGCGCACCGGCGCUGCGUGCAAUGUACCCCAUUGCCCGCUUGCAGAGAGACAGCCCGUCACCCUGUCCGAGUUCCACCCACUCAGAUACGAAAUUCACAGAGAAGUCCCAGCAGUUGGCGGCCAGCGGCACCCCCGAAACGGAAACUCAUCACAGUUCGACCGCGCAACGGCCACAAGGCACACACCCCGGGGUGUGCCCCUCUCUCCGUUACCCCUCGCUGCCGGACAACCUGAACUUGACCUCAGGAUUGCCUGAGACCCACAAACACCUCUCAGACCCAGUACUUCCUGGUAUCGAAUAGGGAUUAGAGGACACGCGGG